AUGACUGAAAAAGUUGCUCUUAUCGGAUCCGGAAACUGGGGAUCAGCAGUUGCCAAGAUCGUUGGCGGCAACGUGCAGAAGUUUGAUCAUUUCCAGAACGAGGUCAAGAUGUGGGUCUUUGAGGAGCAAGUCGAUGGUCAGAACUUGACUGAAAUUAUCAACACCAAGCACGAGAACGUCAAAUAUCUGCCAGGAAUCAAGUUACCAGAGAACAUUGUUGCCUGUCCUGAUCUGAUCAAGACGUGCGAGGAUGCGACCAUGCUGGUCUUUGUCGUUCCCCAUCAGUUUGUGGCAAGCGUCUGCAAGCAGUUGAAGGGUAAGAUCUCGCCCAAGUGCAAGGCCAUCUCACUUAUCAAAGGAGUCGAUGUUGAAGAGAACGAUAACGGCUUCCGAUUGAUUACCGACAUGAUCCAGGACUCUUUGGGAAUCCGGGCCUGUAUGCUCAGUGGAGCCAACAUUGCCACUGAGGUUGCGGAGGAGAGAUUCUGCGAGACCACGAUUGGAUAUAGAAACAGGGAGGACGGCGAGCUCUUCGAGGCGAUCUUUCACACCCCUACCUUCCGUGUCAACAUUGUCGAGGAUGUCGUCGGAGUUGAGCUCUGUGGUGCCCUCAAGAACAUUAUCGCCAUCGGCGGUGGUCUCGUCGACGGUCUCAAGCUUGGAGAUAACACAAAGGCAGCAAUUAUCCGCAUUGGUCUUUACGAGAUGCGCAAGUUUGCAAAGAUGUUCUACGCAGAUGUCAAGGACGAGACCUUUUUCGAGUCGUGCGGGGUGGCAGAUCUUGUCACAACGUGUGCUGGAGGUCGUAACCGCAAGGUAGCCGAGGCCCAUGUGACGACGGGCAAGUCGUUCGACCAGCUGGAGAAGGAGAUGCUUGGAGGACAAAAGUUACAGGGCACCUCGACCGCCAAGGAUAUGUACGGCAUCCUGUCCAAGAAGGGUCUCUGCAAGGAGUUCCCUCUCAUGACGACCAUCUACCGGAUCUGCUAUGAGGACUUGCCUCCCAUCAGAAUUGUCGAGGACAUCUGA